GAGGAACAGUAUACAAAUGGAUGUAAAGAUCCGUCAACAACAUGUCUGCAAUAUGGGACAGGAUAUGAGCUUGCGAAGGAUCCAGUUUCAACCAAACGGUUUGCAGCUCAUCCGAUACCACAUCACGAGGUUAACAGAUAUGGAGAUCUCUGUCAGGAUUUGGCAUGUAUUAACUGAACCCUUGUAGAUUCCUUAAGAGGUAGAUGGACUAUAAAGCAAUUGCCCAACAAACUGUCCAAGAAAUUUUAGGUUACAAUCAAGAUACAUCUGGCUGGAAAUUGGUUAAAACAGCAAAAAAGAUAACUGUGUACAGCAAGGCUUCUAAAAGAUUCCUCGGAAGUCUAUACCGUGCUGAAGGGAUAAUUCCAGAAUCAUCAGAUAAACUAUCUGAUUUCCUCUACCAACCUGGAAACAGAGUUACAUGGGAUAAAUCAUUGAAAGCAUACAAUAUGGUACACAAGAUUGACUCGGACACAUUUAUAUGUCAUACCAUUACACAAAGUUUUGCCUUGGGCUCAAUUGCUCCCCGAGACUUUAUCGACUUAGUAUACAUCAAGCACUGUGACGGGAAUAUGGACAUUGUCAGUUCUGAAAGUGUGGAUCUCCCAGAAUAUUCUUCAUCUUCAAAUUGUAUCCGUGGUUACAAUCAUCCUUGUGGCUAUGUAUGUUCACCUCUGAAAGAAAACCCAGCAUAUUCCAAACUAGUGAUGUUUGUGCAGACAGAAAUGAGAGGAAAAUUGACCCCAUCAAUAAUUGAAAAAACUAUGCCUUCCAACUUGGUAGAAGUGAAAAAUGGCAGUGCCACUCUGGAAGGUACAGCAUUGUCUUAUCUAGCCAAAACUUACUUCCUGCAAGCGUACUUGCUUUAUCUAGAACACUUUACACUGGAUUUCUGCAUUACUGUUCGUGUUCAGGAAGAGCCUGUUGAACUGCUGCUCUGA